GGAUUUUUACCAUUAACCAAAAUCGACCUAUUCUUAUUUCGAAUCUCUCAAUCUCCUUCCUCAAUUAUAUCAUCUGAGUUCCAUUUCCAUUGAUUUCAUCCCGUCUCUUUCGGUUUCGAAUUCAUCGCUGAAAUAUAUAUUAAAAAGAUAAAGAAACUCUGGUUUUGGAAGAACAUUGAAUCGACCAUAGAAUCACCCCCAAAUAUCAUUCAAUCGUGUUAAAGAGCUAUCGAGGAUGAUGGCCAUGGAGAAACAAAUGGUGAUGGUGGUGGUGGUGGCGGUGAUGGCAGUGUUAGUUGCAGAAGCAGAUGAUACAAAUGAUGUUUUUGAUCCUUGCUCGGAUGCAAAGGUUAAGAGGUUAGAUGGGUUUACCUUUGGCCUUGCAUUUUCUACAAAGGACUCAUUCUUUUUCAAUCAAACCCAACUCUCUCCCUGUGACCGGCGUCUCUCCCUCUCAAGCACAAAUUCCCAACUUGCUGUCUUUAGGCCAAAGGUUGAUGAGAUCUCUCUCCUCACUGUCAAUAGCACCAACUUCAAUCCUAUUUCGAAUGGAGGGUACAUGGUGGCAUUUGCUGGCCGGAAAUAUGCAGCAAGAUCGACCCCAGUGCUUGUUGCAGAUGGUCAACACACCAUAACUAGUUUCACUCUGGUUCUCGAAUUCAAGAAGGGGACUCUCCAAAGCUUUUACUGGAAGAAAUUUGGGUGUUCAAAGUGCUCCAAGUCGUCAGCUUUUGUGUGCCUAAAUGAGCAGGAUUGUGCAGUGAAAUCCUCGCACUGUAAAAACCAAGGAGGCUCUAUAGAUUGCAACAUCAGCAUACAGUUGAUCUUCUCAGGCACCGACAAGAAACUUGUAGCGCUUAACUCCUGGUAUGAGCUGAAAAACCUUCGACAGUACUCACUGUAUGGCCUCUAUUCCAACAUACGUGAUGCUAUCAUUGAUCAAUAUGACAAUUUUUUCUAAGCCUGUAUGACUAGCCAAUAUAUGAUACCAAUUGCUAGCCUGAUGUUACUGAUA